CAGGACAUCAGCGAGAAAACCUUCCUGCUGAUCGUGGCCCUGGGCUGGCGUUUCCUGAGGAACACGCUCACGAUGCAGGAGACGCGCUUUAUUCGCACGGCCCUGGCGGUGGGGCUCGCUGCGUCCGUCAUGGAGGUGCUCCCGAAGGAGACGCGGCAGGGCCUCGCGGUCGGAGCCGAGCUGCCCGAGGGCAUCCUCACACUGGGCUUUUUCAUGUGCAAGACUCUCACGAUGGUGGCCAUCAUGUUCAAUCAGAACCUCAUCGGCACCCGUCUCUUAGAGUCGCCCGUCACCCCUGUGGUGGUCCUCGAAUACCACAGACAUGAGACCUACAAGAACUUCUCGAGGCUGUGGAUGUCCCUGUGGCUGCGCGACAUAAUCAUAUUCGGGACGCGAAGUGGAUUACCGAGCCUGAGAACUUCUCGCCGCUGAACCAGGCCGUCAUAUGGGUCGUCUACGCCGGUCUUUACCUCAACUUCUUCUCCGCCGUCCGGCCCGGGAAGGCCAGUGGCAGCCUGCGCGACCUGGUGCACAGCAUGCAAGCUGGACCGCCCGCCCCUCCAGGGAGCCAACGGCCC